AUCACAUACGUCGAGAGGCGGCUAUUAUGUGUGUUGUUACCACAGAGAUGAUGUUUCGCGUUAGUUCCCCUCUGAGUCAACGGAGUACUUUCACUGGGUAUCAGGAGGAUUGUGUUGGGGAUUGAAACGCAACCGUGAAAGCGUACUUAUCAGCGAUGGUGCCACCCAGCUUUUGAAGUUUUCAAAGGAUGCCUGCAACACGUAGCCCUUCAUCCAUCCCAACAGGCGUCUCAGGAGAUGCCUUGGACCUCAGCUUGUCAGGCUCCCAGCUCUCUAUGUCCAAAAGACCCAGCAGUGCAUCACCUGGGAAAUACUUCUCUCGGUCUGUGUCGGUUUCCGUGGCUAGUGACAGCAGAGGAAAACGCAACACCCUGAGUGAUGCCAGCUUUGGUAGCUCCCGCUCCAUCAAGAACCUGAGGCGGUCCAACAGCACCACUCAGGUUAAUCAGCAGGCUAACAUCAGUUUAAGUCAGGAACCGGGUGAGGACUACCUGGCCCUGUUCGACAGCAGCUCAGAUGGACGCAAGAAACUGGCCAGCCUCAGCAAAGCCUCGCCAGACAGAACCACAUGGAACAUCCUGGACGAUCAGCCCAGAGUUUUCCCCGUGCACUUGAGCCCCCGCAGCACUGGCAGCGUGGACUCUCCCCCCGGCCUGAAGAAAAGAGAGCCUGGCAUCGCUCUGGCUGCCACCUUCACUGCCAACAACAGGAGCAACAAGGGAGCGGUGGGGAACUCUGUCACCACCAUCUUACACAACAACUACUCUGAGAAACCACUCACGCCGAAGAGCUCCAACCAGAGGCCGUCGUUUAACAACAUCCUGAAGGCCACGGCAAACGACGAGGUGUCACAAGACAACAGCUCACUGACAAAGUCCCAGAAGAACUUCUCUUCGGCGUCCUCCACCUCCAACAACCGAUCUCCGGUGUCGGCUCAGCGCGGCAGCCCCGGCCUGUCUCGAAGGAGGGAGGUCACUGAGGAGGAGGCCGAGAGGUUUAUUCAGCAGGUGAACCAGGCAGCAGUCACCAUCCAGCGCUGGUACAGACGCCAUGCCAAGAGACAGCGCACUAACCAGACAGCACUCAAACACAUCCUUGCCAGUAAAAGAAAGGAGUGGGAGGAGAGAACGGAGGAGGACGGUCGCCUGGAGCCGCAGCAGAAAAAGGACGAAGACAGGAAACGGAUUCGUGAGGAGAAAGCUCGUUUGGCCCGCCUGGCUGCCAUCCAGGAGCUGCAGCAGAAAAGAGCCCGGCGGGUAGCCGAGGCAGCUGAGGUGGAGCCGGAAAGCUCGAGGCUGGCAGGUGGGGCUGGACGCCAGAAACCAGCCAAGAUUUCUCUGAGCAACAAAAGCCCAGCCUCACCGAGCAACAACAGCCCGAUGUCGCCCACAGACGUCAAAGCUAAGAACACAGACUCCAAUUUGAACGUUGUGGCCGACUUAGGUGAGCUGAGCUUCAGAGCCAUUUCCCCAGCUUCGUCCAAUCACAGAGGCUCUCAGUGUUCCCAGGAUCAGGAGGACAGAGCGGAGGUAGACAUUUGCCCGGAGCAGCAGCAUCAGCAGAACGACCGGAAAUUCAUUCGUAAAGAGAAAGCUCGUCUGGCCCGCCUCGCUGCCACCCAGGUGAACAUGUCUGAGGAGCUGCAGCAGAAAAGAGCCCAGCAGGUUGCAGAGGCGCUGCAUGCAGUUGAGGUGGAGCCGGACAUCUCGAGGCAGACAGGUGUGGUAGGACGCAAGAAACCUACCAAGAUUUCUCUGACCGGCAAAAGUCCAGCCUCACCGAGCAACAACAGCCCAAUGUCGCCCACAGACGUGAAAGCUAAGAACACAGACUCCAAUUUGAAUGUUGUGGCUGAGUUCGGUGAGCUGUCCAGCUUCAGAGCUGUUUCCCCAGCUUUGUCCAAUUGCAGAGGUUCCCAGUGUUCCCAGGAGAUCCUGCAGAGGUCGGUGAGUGUGGAGGACCAGCGGCAGGGAGCUUUGUCCAGCAGGGCUCAGUCCAAAACCACCCUCAACGAGCUGCUGGACACCCUGAAGCUGUUAGAGGAGGAGCCAGAGAGGCUGUCGGAGCCAAAGUGCUACAGCAAAGAGAAAUACGCCUGGAUAGAUGAGGACGGAGACUCCAACUCUCUGACCACUGACAACCUGGAGCGUCACGGCCAGCUGAGUCACCAUCCGGCCCUGCCAGAUGGGGGCGCCCUGCUCUCCGAGGCCAAGCUGCAGAGCAUCAUGAGCUUCCUGGAUGAGAUGGAGAAGUCUGAACAGGAGAGGCCACGCUCGGUUACUUCAGGGUCUCACAGAGAGGCUGUGUUGUCUGAGGAGGAGCUGGUUGGUGUCGAGCAGGCGUCUGCCACCGCCGCCGAAAUCACCGGCUCCAUGAUGAGGAUCAAGCUGGAGCUGGAGGAGAAGAAACGCACAGUCAACAUGCUGCAGAGCGCACUGGCCCAGCAGAGGGAGCUCACGGUGAGACACGUGAAGGAGACCGAGAAGGAGCUGAACAGAAACUUCCAGCUCCAGAAGGAACAAUUUGAAGCCACCAUCCAGAGACACCUCACAUUCAUCGAUCAGCUGAUCAAUGAUAAGAAGAGUUUAAAUGAGCGCUGUGAAGGAGUGGUGGGAGAACUGAAGCAGGUGGACCAAAAGUACACCAAGAAGAUCGCACAAAUGCAGGAGCAACAUGAAAUGGUGUGGCAAAUUCUGGGUCCCUUGUGUGAGGAAAUCAAGAAGUUAAAAGAGCUCAUGAGUGCCACGGAGAAGAUCCGCCGGGAGAAAUGGAUUGACGAGAAAACCAAGAAGAUCAAAGAGAUCACUGUCAAAGGUCUGGAGCCAGAGAUCCAGAAGCUGAUUUCCAAGCACAAACAGGACCUGAAAAAGCUGCGGACACUGCACGAGGCGGAGCUGCUGCAGGCAGACGACCGCGCGGCCCAGCGCUACGUCCGCCAGUGUGAGGAGCUCCGCCUACAGCUGGAGAGGGAGAAGGACGAGCAGAGUCAGAGAGAGAGGGAACUAGCCAAGCAGAGAUAUGAGAAGCAGCUUCAGGAGGAGGAGCUGUCCCUGCAGCAGCAGAGAAGGCGGCUCUACAAGGAGGUGGCCGAUGAGAAGGAGAGGCUGACUCAGCUGGCUGCAAGGCAGCGCGCUGAGCUGGAGGAUCUGCGGAGACAGCUGGAGGACAACAGCUCUCUGGCUGGACGAGCUCUCAGAGAGGAGCUUGACAAGACCAGAGAGGAACAGGAGAGGAGACACCAGGUGGAGAUGAAGGCGUUACAAGAACGUAUGGACAUCGAAAAGCAGACGUGGGAGGAGAACUACAAGAAAAAAGAGGAAGCGUGGCUGCUGAGCCGCGAGCGCGAACUGAAAGAAGAGCUGCGGCGAGAACGCGACAAAGAGAUCGAGCUCGCCAUCUGGACGCUGGAGGAGGAGACCAGCAAGGACAAAGAGGAGUGUGAGAGGGCAGCUGACAACAGGGUGAAGCGUGUGAGGGAAAAAUACGAGACGGAGCUGAGGGAGCUGGAGCGCUCCGAGAGGACGGCUGUGGAGAAACAACAGGAGUCGAGGAAGCAGCAGAUGGAGAUAGAGGGAGAGCUGAUUAGACUCCAGGCCCUGCUCCGACAGAAAGAACAGGAGACUGAAGACGUCACACAGACCAGGGACAAGCUGGUGGAGGAGCGCCGCAGCCUGGCCGAGGUGAUCAGGCAGGAGUUUGCCGACCGGCUGGUGCUGACGGAGGAGGAGAACCGCAGGAUGAAAGUGGAGGUGUCAGAAGUCCGAGCGAGGCUACGGCUCGAGGUGGAGAGAGUCACCCGGGAGAAGGAAGAGGAACUGGCUGAAGUCCACCAACGAGUGAAGGCGGCUAUCUUGAAGAAGGAAGAAACUGUCAAUAAUCUCCGGAAGCAGCAUGAGGCGGCCCUGAAGAGGGCGGACCACCUGGAGGCCCUGUGGGAACAGCAGAGGAAGCAGCUGUUGGAGAAGUAACUGACAGGAAGGCUUUACCCGUCUGGACCUCUCCUCUCUCCCCCCCGCCCCUCGCCCCUCUCCCUCCACUCUGAGCUCUAUCCAUUGUGUUGCUCAAGCCCCCAUCUGAUUUUUUCCCCCUUUUGGAUGUUGUUGCUGCCAGCAAGCCUGAACCUGUGGAACUUCACAAGGUUGAACAAGUGACUGAACCUUGUCCUACCUCAUUUGAAAAAUACAAAAAUGGGGAAAUGCGCUGGGCCUCAAUGUACAAAUGCCACAGACCAGGUGGCUCCAGCACAGGAAAAGACUGCAGAUGCACUUCCUAUUCCUCUUCCUCUUCCCUCUCCAGAGGACGAUUGCUGCAGUUGUUUGUGACCGUACUCCCCCCCCCCUUUUCCUCCCUCCUGGAGCAAGAAUGCCUCCACGUUCCCCUACAGAGCUGCCACGGAGAACAGUUCCAGAUGUUUCUGAAACCAGCCCAAGGCCUGCACUGGUGGAAAGUGGGAGAAGUUGCAGGGGGGGUUGCUCUGUCUGGAGGACCAAGGACCACUUAACGACCACAUCUACACUACUACGUUCUGGUUUAAAAACAAAUAUCUUUUGCUACGUUUAAGCCUCACUACUGCAGCGUUUCCGAGCCCCUAAAACGGAGACGUUUGGAAACACCGGGGGUCGCUUUGCAGUUUGGACGGGCGCAAAAGGACACUUUUGGAGAACUUCCUGUAUUUUCAACAAAUACAUCCACGAUUUUCAACAGAGCAACGUCACACAAUCUGCUUCCUGUUUACCCUGGCACACACGUGCCCAGUGUGUGUAAAUGGUCAUGUGAUAUUUGUUGUCACCUGUGUUUAUAUGGACGAUUAGUUGUGCUACUGGAGCUAAAACCUCUGUUUCUUCUGUGGAUGGAGAUUGUUUUUGUCUCAGCUUCUGUUUGUACCGAGUCAAGCUCCUGGUGUCCUCUUUUAUCUGCUGAGUCAUGCGUUUUGUCCCAGUGCCCCCUCAGGGCGAGUGCUAAUUACAGGAUCUAUGCCCUCACCCUUCGCUACAGCCCUGUGACUUGCUCUGAACAGUUUGUGUGUGUCUUAAAACCAACAUCUGGAUCUUACAAAGAAGUUAGAAGUGAUGUACUAACACCGGUUACAGAGUGCAUGUAGAAUGUUGCUUAAAAAAGAGAGAUAAUAGGAAAAGGUAGCUGAAAGGAAAACGAGCGGAGGGAAACGGGACGUCUGAUGGCAUGUUUGAGGUCCACACAGAUGAUUGUAGAGUGGCUUUGAAAGUUUCUGAAUGUGAGGAAGAAAGAAGAGAGAGGAUCGGCGGGGGCGGAGGGAAGAAGGAAUGCGCAUAGAAAAUGUUUAUAGGAUUAGGAAAGCAGAGCUGGGACCGAGUGGGUUGGUAGGAGGGUUUGAGGGGGCACAAGGCAUGUGACCGGAGGUAUUUUAAAAGCCAUAUUGGCUGCACUGUGACAAAAUGCAUGAAACUCAACAGUUAAAGGGAGCCUUGAGCCACACACACGUAUGUAAACUAUCUUUGUUUGAAUACUAGGGCUGCACAAUAUGAGGAAAAUAUCAGAUUGCGAGGAUCUGGACCUAACAAAGAGUUAUUCUUUAGUCUGUAGGAUACGAUUUGGAGGCCGGGCCGGGACGUCUCUGCAGCACCACACUAACUAAUUCCCAAUGGUUUGAUGCAAUGUGUUGCCUUUAACAAAUAUUGCGCCUGUGAUAUUGCACUAGUCCAAAUUGCGGUUUCGAUAAAAUUGCGAUUAAUUGUGCAGCCCUAUUGAAUACUCCAGCUCUGUUUUGUAAUUCUCUCAGAAGCCACCGUCUCUCAGCACUUUGCAAACUUGUAUUUCAUUGAUUUUAGUUUUUCUCCUUUUUUUUUAUUUCUUAACCCUUACAAUGAUUGAAGAUACAUUUAUAGCCUCUCUCACAGACACAAAAGUCUUUGUGGAUAAGAUUUCAGUAAGAACGGUCCAUAGCAGGAGUUAGUGAAGCGGGGGGGGGGCUGUAACAAGAGUUUGUGCUGCAGAGAGAAACUCUAAACCUGGAUGUAAAGCCUGUUAUUUAGGUGCAACAGGAUGUGAAAGACCACGCUCUGAUGUGACGCUAAAGGCCCCAAAUUAGACCUCGCGUAAGAAAAUAUUUAUUCUGUUUCUCUUUUCUUUAUUUAUUUUCCAAUGUAGCGCUCUUACACGGGCCUUUUGUAAGUGUGAUUGGUCCACGGAAAAGUCGAGGAUUGUUUCUCAAAGCUAGUCAACACGUUGAGUGUUUUUACAGUUACUGAGCAGAACUUCUAACUGCCAAACGUUACGACUAUGCCAUUUGUAGAUGGUUUAAAAUACAGUACGUCAGGUUUUUUCUGACACGGAAGUUGUCGGCGCCACAAUAUAAAAGGGUUUAUAUGAAGUGUAAUGUAGGGGAAGGCUAGGGGUUGACGUAGUGAAGCUUUAUGGGUAAUGCAGUUUCUGACCUCAGAGGCAUUAAAUCAGGGUGAUCGCCAAAUCGUUGCUGCCGGGGCGAAAAAAACAAAAAACCUUGAACCGUUUCUUCUCGGAAAAUGAAAAA